AUGCCUGCUCUGAAUAUCUUCGUCACUUACGCUCCAACAUCAAGCUACAAAGGAAAACAAGUCGAAGCUUUCUAUAUGGAUCUGGAGAAGUUCAAUCGAAAAGAGCAUGCCUUCUACAAGGCCAUAACUGGCAAUUUCAACGUUAAAAGAGAUGAACGCUUGAUGAAUUUCACAUCGGGACCCACGGCCUACAGUGGAAUGAAAAGAGGAAAAGGCUCUCCGAGUUUAUCAUGA